CAUUUGUCUUCAUAGCCAUACAUGAUUUUGAGUUACGUUUCCAACUGGGAUCAUGGACCUCAAUGAAGGAGACCUCGGGCCACUACAGCAGCCUGCUAAAGGCAGUAGUGAGAUGGGAUUGAGGGUUCCUGCAGGUACCAUUGAGGCAGGUGAUGUCCAGACAAUGAUGACCGAACCUGAUAGGAAGAAGGGCGAGAAAGAGAAGAAGAAAAACAAGAAGGAAAAUAGAAAGGAGAGGAAGUCAGGAGGAUGGCGUGCCACACUCUUGAGAUGCUUUGUGUGUGGCGGUGGACAUGAUGGCCAGGAUGAGUGGGAGAUGUCAGCCGAGGAGGAGAGGCUGAGGAUCGAGGAAAGGACCCGGAGAGCCAGAGAGGCCGAUCUGCAGAGGCUGCUCAAGGUGCGCAAAGUCAACCUGAUGCACAAAAUCAACUUUAAGCGCAUGCUGAGGCGCAGGAAAAUGACUGAGGCCAACGAGGAGUGGAGCGUCCUUCCCCCAAGGUCGGAGGAGGAGUGGGACAGGAAGGUCACAUUCCAGGAAUUCAACGCCUGCCACGUCUGCUUCUACCAGGAGGAGGCCAACCCAAGGCUGGGUCAGGCGUCAGGAGCCCUCCAGACAAAGUGGCCAAAAAAGGAGGAACAGCUUAUGAAGAGGGAGUACGAACAGCUCAUGAUCGGGGAUAUGGAUCUCUACGAAUUUUUGAUGGUCUCCAUGUUGUGCCUGGCCUUUGUAGUAGUACUGUUCUUAUGGGCCAUCCUCCUGCAGUGAAGAAGUAAAGAACUUGGGGCUGGGGACAGGACGGGGAGGAAGAAUGGGGUGCCAUUGGCUUGAAGAAAAAGGGGGGGAGGGGGGAGGUGGAUCACACGUACUGCAUACACAGGAGAGAAUGAUGAUGAAGAAUGGGAAAAUGUAUUGGACAAAAAAAAAUAGUAACAAAAGAGGAGAAGGGCUAUUUGGGAAAGAAUAUUUUUUUAAAAAUCAGGGCUGGAAAUGUAUUUUUUGGGGCACAUUGGAGGAUGAUGGAGGAGUAACAGGGUGGAAGAGGAGAGAGAUGACGAUUGAGGAACAGAGAAAAGCAGUAAAUGAGAGGAAAAUUAAAGAAAAGUACAUUCAUGUAGCAAUACCAUAAGAGAAAACAGCUCUGAUGUAGCCUGCCCUUGCCUGGCCUGGUGACGUGAAGAAAGACCAAGAGCAACCAGAGAUGGCAACCUGCGCCUUGGGCCAGUGCCAGGUGCAUGUGAUGUUGUGCGUUUGGCACCACCCUCAGGGGACACAAGACUGACACACAAGCUGACAUUCAGACAGACGGACAGGCAUUGUAAUACCUGGCCCAACCCCCUUCCAACGUACCAGGUAAUUAGGGGAAGAAAUAAUUUGUUGAAGGACCAGAAUCUGGAUUUGUUUGAUGGCCAAGUGACCUGGAUAAAAGUGUUGAAUAGAUGAUGCACAAGACUCACAGAGUGGAAGAGGAGAGAGAUGGCAUGGGAGGAACAGAAAUAAAUGGAGAACAAAAGAAAAGAGGAGAAAGUACAGAGACGUUCAGAAGACAGCUAAAACUAGAGGUCAAAAUAACAACUGUAAUAAGGACUGUGAGAGAGGCUAGUGACCAGCUGGGCUUCUCAGAGUUCCUCUACUGUUCUCAUCUGGACCCCUUAUGGAGUGCACACCUCCAUUACGGAAAUCAGGGCUGCUCACAGCUUUGGCUGGGACCGGU